AUGGGAAAGCCUGAGAGCCCCGUGGGGACGGUGGAGCUCGCUGGCCGGUCGGGGCCGAAGCACCGAGGCUUCCUGGAGUGGGGGCUGUUUCUGCUCCUGCUCCUGGUGACAGGCGCCCUGGUGACCCUGGGCCUCCUCUACGCCAACAGCAGAGGGAAGCAGCUGCCACUCUUUACUAGCCGGCUUUGCUUCUCAAAGGAAAAGAAGACCAUUAUAAAACGAGCAUCCAGAGACAUCCAAACCCGCAAGGAGGUGGCUGAAGUCUGCACCACCCCUGGCUGCGUGAUGGCAGCUGCCAGAAUCCUCCAGAACAUGGACCCAUCCAAGGAACCGUGCAACGACUUCUACCAGUACGCGUGUGGAGGCUGGCUGCAGCGCCACGUGAUCCCCGAGACCAACUCACGAUACAGCAUUGACAUCCUCCGAGACGAGCUGGAGAUCAUCCUCAAAGGGGUGCUGGAGAAUCCCGCCUCCGAGGACCGGCCAGCCGUGCAGAAGGCCAAGACGCUGUACCGCUCCUGCGUGAACGAGAGUGUGAUAGAGAAGCGAGACUCGCAGCCCCUGCUGGACAUCUUAGAGGCGGUGGGAGGCUGGCCGGUGGCCAUGGACAAGUGGAACGAGAGCAUAGGCCCCAGGUGGGAGCUGGAGCAGCAGCUGGCCGUGAUGAACGCGCAGUUCAACAAGCGUGUGCUCAUUGACCUCUUCAUCUGGAACGAUGACCAGAACUCCAGCCAGCACAUCAUCUACAUAGACCAGCCCACCCUGGGCAUGCCGUCCCGAGAAUACUACUUCGACGACGGCAACAACCAGAAGGUCCGGGAAGCCUACCUGCAGCUCAUGGUGUCGGUGGCCACAAUGCUGCGGGCAGACCUGAAUCUUCCUACAAACAGCUACCUGGUGCGGAAGGACAUGGCGCACGUGCUGGAGCUGGAGACGCAUCUGGCCAACGCCACAGCCCCCCAGGAGGAGCGGCAUGAUGUCACCACCCUGUACUGCAAGAUGGACCUGGAGGAGCUCCAGGGCAAGUUCAGUCUGAAGGGAUUUAACUGGACCCUCUUCAUUCAGUCUGUGCUAUCCCAUGUCAACAUUGAGCUGCUGCCCAAUGAAGAGGUGGUGGUCUAUGGCGCCCCCUACCUUCAGAACCUGGAAGACAUCAUUGACAUCUACUCAGCCAGGACCAUGCAGAACUACCUGGUCUGGCGCCUGGUGCUGGACCGCAUCAGCAGCCUGAGCCAGCGAUUCAAGGACGCACGUGCCAACUACCGCAAGGCGCUGUACGGCACGACGGUGGAGGAGGUGCGCUGGCGGGAGUGCGUCAACUAUGUCAACAGCAACAUGGAGAGCGCCGUGGGCUCGCUCUACGUGCGGGAGGCCUUCCCCGAGGACAGCAAGCGCGCCGUCAGAGAGCUCGUCAACAAGAUGCGGGCAGUGUUCCUGGAGACCCUGGACGAGCUGAGCUGGAUGGACGAGUCAUCCAAGAAGAAAGCCAAGGAGAAGGCCAUGAGCAUCCGGGAGCAGAUUGGGUACCCCGACUACAUCCUGGAGGAGAAGAACAAACACCUGGAUGAGGAGUAUUCCAAACUGAACUUCUCAGAGGACCUGUACUUUGAGAACGGUCUGCAGAACCUCAAGGCCGGCGCCCAGCGAAGCCUUAAGAAACUUCGGGAAAAGGUGGACCAGAACGUCUGGAUCAUCGGAGCUGCCGUGGUUAACGCCUUCUACUCCCCAAACCGAAACCAGAUUGUGUUUCCCGCCGGCAUCCUCCAGCCCCCUUUCUUCAGCAAGGAGCAGCCACAGGCCUUGAACUUCGGGGGCAUUGGGAUGGUGAUCGGGCACGAGAUCAUCCACGGCUUUGACGACAACGGCCGGAACUUCGACAAGGACGGCAACAUGCUGGACUGGUGGAGCAACUUCUCUGCCCAGCACUUCCAGCAGCAGUCGGAGUGCAUGGUCCACCAGUACGGGAACUACUCCUGGGAUGUGGCUGAAGAUCAAAACGUGAAUGGCUUCAGCACGCUCGGGGAGAACAUCGCCGACAACGGAGGGCUGCGGCAGGCCUACAAGGCUUACCUGAAGUGGAUGGCAGAGGGUGGCAAGGAUCGGCAGCUGCCGGGACUGGAGCUGACUUACACCCAGCUGUUCUUCGUCAGCUAUGCCCAGGUGUGGUGCGGGUCCUACCGGCCAGAGUUCGCUGUCCAGUCCAUCAAGACUGACGUCCACAGCCCCCUGAAGUACAGGGUGCUGGGCUCGCUGCAAAACCUGGCCGCGUUCGCGGAUGCGUUCCACUGUGCCCCGGGCACCCCCAUGCACCCGAAAGUGCGAUGCCGCAUCUGGUAGCCAAGGCCGAGCCGCGCUGUGCGGCCCAUGCCCACCCACCACCAGGAGGCGACUGGUCCUCGCGGAGACAGCGCAGCUGGUGGGGACCCGGCGUGCGCCCCGCGCCCAGUGGCUGACCCGCACCACUCCCUGCCUCCGCGCCCGGCCUGGAGUGCAGCCACCGCCCUGGACCAUUGGGGGUGACCAUCAGGAUAAGCGCAGCCCAGCCCAGCGCCCCCUCCGCCGCCCACCGCAGCCCCGUAGACAUGGUUAUCAGUCUUCCGCCCGCUCUCCAAAGCUCAUCCUCUUCAGUUGUCCACAAGCUUCAGAUUUGAGCUAA